AUGCUGAGCAACGUCCUGCUGCUUAGCGCCUUAGUUGUGUUCAGUUUACCAUCGAAGGCAGAAACCCGCAAAAUCGCCCAAGAAAUUUGCAAAAAUGUUUGCUUUUGCGAGGAUAAGGACAAUUCGCUGUAUGUCAACUGUGAAAACAAGGGAUUUACCUCGGUGAAUGACAUACAGCCUCCACAAAACAAAAUAACAUCAGUAUUUUUGAAUGGGAAUUUUAUAACUCGGUUAAAUAUAAAUGAUUUUUUCCACUACGGCAAUGUUACAUCACUUCACCUGGGAAACAACGGAUUACAGGAGAUAAGAUCAGGAGCCUUUUCUGGCCUGAAAAAUCUCAAACGCAUUCAUUUGAACAACAACAAUUUGGAGAUUAUCAGAGAAGACUCGUUCAAUGGAUUAGAGAAUCUGGAGUAUCUGCAGACGGAUUACAAUUAUAUUAGCAUCAUAGAGGCUGGGGCAUUUGAUAAACUAAACAAGCUUAAAGUCUUAAUUCUCAACGACAACCUCUUGCUCUCUCUGCCCAACAAUAUAUUUCGCUUCGUUAUGCUGACGCAUUUGGACUUAAGGGGGAACCGGCUGAAAACGCUGCCAUUCACUGGUGUUUUGGAGCAUAUCGGAGGUAUCAUGGAGAUCCAACUGGAAGAGAACCCCUGGAAUUGUACUUGUGAUCUAAUUCCUCUCAAAGCUUGGUUGGACACCAUAGGCCUCUCGGUUUUUGUUGGCGAUAUUGUAUGUGAGACGCCCUUUCGACUGCAUGGAAAAGACGUCACUCAUUUAAUCAAGCAAGACCUCUGUCCCCGGAGGAAUGUAGGGGAUCCAACUUACCGCACAUUGGAACCUUCCUCCGACUCGCAGUACCACGUCCCCGUCCCCACAUUACGCGCGCGCACGAGUCCAACAAGAGUACCUAAAACAUCCCGACCUCCAAAAACCAGGCACCGUCCUACACCCCGAGUGACGUCAAAUAAAGAUAAACAUGUGUUCGGGCCAAUUAUGGUUUAUCAGACACGCGCCCCGGUGCCAAUGACUUGCCCGAGCGUCUGCAUGUGCACAUCUCACAAUUCAGACAGUGGACUCAAUAUCAAUUGUCAGGAACGGAAGCUACAUAACAUAUCAGACUUACAACCCAAACCAUCCUAUCCAAAGAAGUUGCAUUUAACAGGGAAUUACUUGCAUGUGAUCUACCCAACAGAUUUCAUGGAAUACAGCUCACUUGAGCUGCUGCACCUGGGAAAUAACAGGCUCUCAGUCAUCAUGGAAGGGGCCUUCGAGAACCUCUCUAAUUUAAGACGACUCUAUUUAAAUGGUAAUUACAUUGAGAGCUUAUCCCAAUCAUUAUUCACCGGGCUCCAAAGCCUACAGUAUCUUUACCUGGAAUACAACAUUAUCAAAGACAUCUUGCCUCAAACUUUCAAUGCACUGCACAAUCUCCAGCUGUUGUUUUUGAAUAACAAUCUAUUGAGAUCCCUGCCCAAUAAUGUUUUCGCAGGAACAAUGCUGACCAGGCUGAAUCUUAGAAACAACCAUUUUUCUCAUUUGCCAGUGCAAGGUGUGCUCGACCAGCUCUCCCCUUUCAUACAGAUUGACCUCCAAGAGAACCCUUGGGACUGCACCUGUGACAUUAUAGCCCUGAAAAACUGGAUGGAGUUAUCCAGCACCAGUGUGGUGGUAAAUGAGAUCACAUGCGACUCGCCUUCUAAACACGCCGGCCGUUUGCUGAGGUCUCUUCGAAAUGAUGCCAUAUGCACCGAAACCAUGAACAACAAGAUCAUUGCCACUAAGGGACCUGACCUCCCUGCUUCCCCCAGCACUGAAAUGACUACUGCUGUUGUAAUUAAUACUCCUGCGGAUGACAAUGUACCAGAAAUGCACGGCGAGGUGCCCUUGUCUGUAUUGAUUUUGGGCCUGCUUGUGGUUUUUAUUAUUUCCGUUUGUUUCGGAGCCGGCUUGUUUGUUUUCGUCCUGAAGCGACGCAAAGGGAUCGAGAGCAUCCACUCAAAUGUGAACAACUUAGACUUGAACUCAUACCAGAUACAGUACAGCACGUACGGCCAAGAGCCACGUCCCAACAAAACGCACUCUCACGAAUACAACUACGUGCCCCCACCGGUUAGUCAGAUGUGCCAGAAUCCGGUGUGGAAGGACAGCAACCAUGUCACAUACUACAGAAACCUGAAUGGCCUCUCCCUCAGCACCACUACUAUUGAGCCCAAGAAAUGUGAGCGGCAAACACAAAGCUCCACUCCACUUGCCAUUAGCACUGUUGAAUACCAGUCAUGCAGCCACAAAGACCCUGGACUGUAUCAGAACACUGGAGAGAGAGUCAAGGAGCUUCCCACCGCUGGCCCUCUGUCAGACAGCUUCAGCAGUAGCACCUUGCCCAAAAGGUCCAUCACAGCAAUGUACGACUCAACAGGGCCAAACAAUCAGAACCACCGUUUCAACAAAACAGCACUUUACGGCACACCCAGGAAAUAUUUUGGUGCACAGGCACUCGACCAAACAUGGCUACAAGGGAAACUUAAAAGUCAACCGGACUAUCUUGAGGUUCUGGAAAGACACACUGUUAUGAGUCAGUUGUAAAAAAAAAUAUAUCAUAUUUUCCCUUAGAUGUAGGCUUAGGCAAUUCCAUGAAAUAUCUUACUUUUUGAUGAUAGCCUGUUCCAGUAGUAAAUAUUUCUACAUAUAAAUGUCAUUUUAAAAAUUAAUUUUAACUUAUAUUAACUGGUUUUAUCAGAUUCUGAUGACUCCAAGUAGAUUGCGGUCACAAGGGUCAUGUCCAUUGCUGCCUAACUUGUUGUCUGAUUGACUCCUUGGGGGGGGGAGAGGAGAAAUGGGCCUUUAUCACGUGACGACAGACACCUUCUAACACUGAACAUUUGAAUGCAUUCAUAGCAGGUGUAUGUUGCGUCCGGUGGCAUAGACAUACUUUGAGACAUUGAGACGCAAUUGUUUUCUGUCUGAAACCAGUAAUCACACUGGUAGUCAGUAGUCGCACCUGCUCGGCUUCAAAAUGAAAGUUGUCAGACAUCACGUCAUAGUGGAAAAGGCCCAUUGCUAGUGCAAAGUGCUCCUGGUCAGGGUGGAAAUGGCCCAUUGCUAGUGCAAAGUGCUCCUGGUGAUACAACCACAAAGUCUCCCUGGAGCAUGUGGUGCUUAAUUUGCAAUUAUUGAUGACAUUUACCAAGUCACUACAAUC